AUGGAGGGUGGAAGGGACUUAGCUGAGCGGUGGGAAGAGGAACAGUCAAAACUUUUGAGUGGCAUAUGUGUUCCUCAAUUCAAGUACUCGAUAGCACAAGGCAGUUCUUUGGACUACCACUACUUUUUGGGUCCAAAAACAGGAAUCUGGAAAGAAAAUACAGCAUAUGAACCCGGACUUUCAUUUGGCAAUGUUGACGCGUGUAGAGGAGGUAAUGCCUGGAGGAGGCCAUUAUUCCAGCCGGCUUAUGUUUGCAAUAAUGGCAAUGAACACCUCCAGAGGCCUAUUAGUUACACAGAGGACAUCUCAUUUUGGUUUCCGAAGGGAGAAGUAUGA